GAAGAUCUUAAAAUUCAUAAAAUCUGUGAAGCAUAAUCCACCAUCCUUACGAAUAUACGAUGCACUUCAACACUUCGCUAUAUUUAGUGAAGCUCAAUAUUUUCAAUAUUUCACGUGGGAUCGGUCGUCAUGGAAACCAUAUCCAACCAGAAAGCAAAACCUGAUCCCGUGGUACUUUAUGUCCUUGGUUAUCAUCCUGGCCACAAUUUCAUACACUUUAAUCGUAUUCAAGGAAAUCCUUUCGUAUCAAAAAGAUCCGGAAAUUACACUCAUUCCGAUUCUCAUGUUUCUCCUGCACGUUGUUGUUUACGGUUUCGAUGUGGUUGUGAUUGUUACGCUUAUCUCCAAAGUGCAGGAACUCUGCUUCGUUUUGGGAAAUCUGCAAAAUAUGAAGGAUUGCAUGAAUGGGGGUGAUGGGGAUGAAGAACCCAAACUAAUCGGAUUACUACUUCACGCCAUGAUUCCAGCUCCAAUUGCGACAACUUUUGUUUUUUGCAGCGUUCCACUUAUUCUUCCACACGUCGAUCCAACCUACUUUCUUUUUCGAAAUAUAUCUUCACUUUCAUCAAUUCCGAUUCUAUUUUGCAGACUGUUUAUCAUAUCAAUUUCAACAUUACACGGCUCUGUACUAAUCUAUACUUGCAUCAUAUACGGAACUAAUAUCUACUUGAUGUUUCACAUUUCUUUGAAGUCAAUGAUAAAUCAGAAACUUUUUGAAGAUGUUAAAUACCAAGAGGAAAAUGGUACAAGUACAAUUACCGACUUCAAAAUUUUAAUCCGAGUUUCAAAAUUUGGCCUAAAAUUUGGAAGAAUUCCCUCCUUCGCUAGAAAUUUGCUAAAGUAUCGGCAACUUCAAGUCAUGAUUACAAUCCUGAAUCAGAUCGCUUUCGUGAUUCUGCCAUUUUCAAUGAUGGUCUUGCUCGUCUGCUGUGUCGCGUGUGGAUACAUGUUGAUCAAACUGACGGGAUCGGUGCCAUUUCCGAUCACUCUGCUGUCAAUGUUUGUCAUAUGCUUGUUCGUCACGUUGGUCCAUUUCAUGGUUCCGUUAAUGGUCGAAGUAACAGUCAGAUCGAACGAUUUUAUCAGACUUUGGAAACUUCGCAGGGUUUCGGCGUACAGGAGGAAGCAAUUGGAGAGUUUUCGACUGAUUAGGAUAUCAAUUGGACCAUUCGGCUAUGUAACGAAGGGAUUGAAGAUACUGUGUUUUUCGUUAGCAUUGUACCAUACUGUGUCAAUGGUUGUUUUACUUUAAGCUGGACAUGUAUGUGCAUAAAUGGUGCAAGGGUGUGUGCUGCAGAAUAAUUAAAUAAUGUAGUAUCCAAAUAAGUUAGGCUUUCUUUCAAUUUUUAUUACGACAUUUUAUCUAGUUUAAAAAAGUGCUUGAAGAGUUCUGGUUGUGAUCGAUAGCUAAAUUGCUCAGUAUAUAUUCAGUUUUAUGUAUGUACAUAUGUACAAGACAUGUCUUAAUGUUUCAAUUUUUUUACUUACCA